GCGUUCCGCGAACGUUACGUCGUUGAACCUAUCGCUUGGCAACCGGAAGUACAAACAGAAGCAGCCACAUUAUGCCAUACAGCUGCCUCGGAUGUGCUCGGAUGCGCGGGGUGGCAGAUGUCUUUCUCAAAUGUCAACGCCCAAUGUCAUUGGGAAGAUCGUGACUGGAGUGCAAGCCAGCUCUGCAUGGAUCUUCGUGAUCAACGCCGCCGAUCGCGAAGAAGACGCCGACGUCUAAAUCCCUCUUAAACUAUCUCCUAUGAUUUUGGCAUAAAAAAAAUCGUCGAGAAAAUUUAUAGUCACUUGUCAAAGAGCAAAGACUUUAAAAUGACGUACAGACAACAACCAGCAGCUCAGGACGAACUGGAGCUAGAGACAAUGGCGGAGAUCGAGCUUUCGAGGCUAAAAAGGCAAUAUAGAAUAAUGGAGAAUGAUCGAGCUGCGUGUGUGGAAGAUGCGAGACUACAACUCCGCAAUCAACAGAACAUGAUCGAGCGUCUGGAAUACGAAAAAGCCGAAUUCGUACUAGCGAUCAAAACCGCGAGAUCAAAAGCGUUUAUGCGUAAAGAUGAUGAUAUGGAAAAGAAGCUGAAGUGUUUGCUGACCAAACGGGCCAAGUAUAUUGAGCUGAUAGAGAUUGAGAAGCAGCAGAUAAACGAACUUGACGAGCAGAUUGACAAGCUCUCGAAAGAAGUUACAAGACUGCAGAUGAAAGUGCGCACCGACACACAAUCGAAAGAAAUAGCGGUGCGACAUAGCAAGACGAUAUACAUUCUGGAGAAUCGCGUAGAAGUGGCGACGAAGAGGUUUAAUCUAGUGAUAGCGGAGAACUCGAGGUUGCGCGCUGAAAUCGAAACCUUGCUGAAGGAACGGGCGCAGUUCACGCAGAUGUGGAAUAAGCUGACCAGCCAGUUGAAUGUAGGCAAACAGAUCAUCAACGAUCUAAUCGAGCAGGCGACCAUCACGUUUAAUCAACGGGACGAGGAGCUCCGCAAGAUUCAAGCGCUUCGCGAGAGAGAUAUAAGAGACCUAAAGAAUCACACGUCGGAAAUGUGCGAGCUGAGGAGAACCUUAGAUAAUGAGAUGAAACUGCAAGAGUUUUUGGGCGUGAAAGGACAGUUUCGUGAGAUGGUCGAUCUGAACGCGAAGAAGGAAGCCGAGAGGCAGGCUAAACGAGAGGAGAAGCAGAACAAGAUAGCAGCCUUAACGCAAAUUUUGCAGACAAUUAAGCAGUUUACAGGUGAGCAAGAAAUCGACAAGCUCACAGCGCAUUUCAUCAAACAAGAAGAGGAAAAUUUCGCACUCUUUAGUUAUGUAAAUGAGUUAAAUGAUGAGCUAGAGAGUCUUCAGGCAAAGAUGGAGCAGCUAACAGCAGCCAUUGAUGAGGCACAUGCCCAGCAUGAGUAUCGCGAUCAGCAGCAGACAGAAACUGUGGAGAAGAUUACUGCAGAACUAGAAAAGCAGACAGAACUGGCAAACGCUGCUGAAGAAGACUUAAUACAGUGCAACGACGUGAUGGAUAAACUGCUACGUGGGAUCGAUGGCCUCUUCAAGGCCAUACGAUGCGACAAUUCGCCGAUUUUAGAAUUGUUGGGCGACAAUACUCAUGUGACUAUGAGCAACGUCAUGCUCUACUUGGGCAUUAUCGAAAAACAGAUCACCGAAAUGUUCCACAAGGUUUACUGGGUGGACAAGAUCAGCAAAGUUCCGCAAUUGCGGAUAGACGAGGGAAGGAAACCCAUACUGAAAGUACCUCUCGUCAAUCGCAUUGUACCUACUCAACCCUGCGCCCUGUAAGUCCCGUUACUUCCUUCUUAUCGAUCCUUUAUCCUUGGCCCGAGUCCUUCCAGACUAUUGGCGGGUAUUUUCGGAAAUUCGCAUUUAGCUAUAAAUGUAGCAAAAAUCUAAUUUUCAUCUUAUAGAAUAUUAUGGAUACUUAAAAUUCCAAUUUUCCAAAAUGAUAAAGACAAAUAUUUGUAUAAUAGAUGCGGUAUUAACAUAGAUAUCGCAUCAGUGGGAAAAAAGAUGAAAAUAAAAGUAGAUUUUAGUAAUCAAUUACAUUUAAUGCUAAAUGCGUGUCGAGGAUGCAUAGAGGCUAUAUCAACUUCCUAUUAACACUGUGUUCGGAUACAGCUGCGUGGAGCAAGAGCAGAUGCAGAUCGUCUCAGAGGGCCUUGAGAUACCGCUGACACGUACCGAAGCCAUGCAGAAACUGCAACAAAGGCUCACGGAUGAUUACUCGGAUCUGCUUCAUAACGUAUCCAGCUGUCACUUACCGGCGGCUAGGAAGAUUAUGCAAAGACGUUAUCAAUAAAGGAAAUUAAUUACAAUGUAUUUUUUUGCGGAUUCGCGAUCUGAUCUUUCCUGAAUGUUAUAACGACAAUCUCGCGAGGCUCAUAAGUUAAUCAGAUCGUUGUAAAAACAACAACAAUAUCGAAGAAGAGAACAGUAAUUAUAUAAGUUAAUUUAAUGUUCUGAAAAAAAUUUGUUUUAUUUUAUCCAAGAUUGGAGAUUUUUUUUCAACGACAGCUUUUUU